AUGGGGAGAGGCAACACCACAUCGAUUUCCGAUCCCUCCCCGCUUCUUCUUCUUCUGAGAAGCACCUCCUCCCCAACACCAGAGUCGCUGUUCAGGCAAAAGGACCACUUUCCUCAGCUCACCACAACCGUAUCGGCGUUUGCACUACCUGUUCCCCCUCCCGCCCCGCCGCCAUUCUGGAUGAUGGACGACCAGGCCAAAAACCUUGCAAACUUUGACCGGGACGGCGACUCAUCAGGCCAGGGUUCUCACCUCGCGCCGGGACUCCAAGCCGACCCUGCAACGGUAUAUUAUGACGAGGCCUCCACCACCCCCACCACUUACACCGCCGGCCCUAUCUCCAUCGGCCUUCAGCCGCGACUCCUCGGGCUCCGGUCUAACAGGCGGUACGUCCUUGAGUUCCAGAUCUCCCAGCGGCCUCUUCUCUUCAAACUCACUCCCAACAACGAGCCCUUUUCUCCCCCGGCCCCCGGGUCAUGA